AUGCAGUUUGUAUCCUGGGCCACACUGCUAACUCUCCUGGUGCGGGACCUGGCAGAGAUGGGGAGCCCAGACUCCGCGGCGGCCGUGCGCAAGGACAGGCUGCACCCGAGGCAAGUGAAAUUAUUAGAGACCUUGAGGGAAUACGAAAUCGCGUCUCCCAUCCGAGUGAAUGCUCUUGGAGAACCCUUUCCCACGAACGUGCACUUCAAAAGAAGGCGACGGAGCAUUAACUCUGCCUCUGACCCCUGGCCUGCCUUCGCCUCCUCCUCUUCCUCCUCUACCUCCUCCCAGGAGCAUUACCGCCUCUCCGCCUUCGGCCAGCAGUUUCUAUUUAAUCUCACCGCCCAUGCCGGAUUUAUCGCUCCACUGUUCACUGUCACCCUCCUCGGGGCGCCCGCGGAAAACCAGACAAGGUUUUAUUCCGAGGAGGAAGCAGAACUCAAGCACUGUUUCUACAAAGGCCAUGUCAAUACCAAGUCCGAGCACACGGCCGUCAUCAGCCUCUGCUCAGGAAUGCUGGGCACAUUCCGGUCCCAUGAUGGGGAUUAUUUUAUUGAACCACUACUGUCCAUUGAUGAACAAGAAGAAGAGGAACAAAACAAACCCCACAUUAUCUAUAGGAGCAGCACCCCCCACAGGGAGCCCUCAACAGGAAGUCAUGCAUGUGACACCUCAGAACACAAAAAUAGUCACAAUAACAACAAGAGGAAAAUGAGAACCAGGAAAUGGGAGAAAAGGAGUAGCCUGGCUGACGAUGUGGCAGUGUUAAAAAGCAGCUUAGUGACAAGGGCGCUUUCUGUCUAUGGCAACAAGACGGACAGCACAAGGGAAAAAAGGAUCCACAGAAGAACAAAACGCUUUUUAUCCUAUCCACGGUUUGUAGAAGUGAUGGUGGUGGCCGACAAAAAAAUGGUGCUAUACCAUGGAGCAAACCUUCAACACUAUAUUUUAACUUUAAUGUCAAUUGUCGCCUCCAUCUAUAAAGACCCAAGUAUUGGAAAUUUAAUUAAUAUUGUUAUUGUGAACUUAGUUGUGAUUCAUAAUGAACAGGAAGGACCUUCCAUAUCUUUUAAUGCCCAGACAACAUUAAGAAACUUUUGCCAAUGGCAGCACUCAAAGAACUAUCCAGGUGGAAUCCAUCAUGAUACUGCUGUUCUUGUAACAAGACAGGACAUCUGCAGAGCUCAUGACAAAUGUGACACCUUAGGUCUUGCCGAACUGGGAACCAUUUGUGAUCCGUACAGAAGCUGUUCUAUUAGUGAAGAUAAUGGACUGAGCACGGCUUUCACAAUAGCCCAUGAACUAGGUCAUGUGUUUAAUAUGCCUCAUGAUGACAACAAUAAGUGCAAAGAAGAAGGAGUAAAGAGUCCCCAGUACGUCAUGGCUCCAACAUUGAACUUCUACACCAACCCCUGGAUGUGGUCCAAGUGUAGUCGCAGAUACAUCACUGAAUUUUUAGACACUGGUUACGGCGAGUGUUUGCUUAACGAACCUGAAUCCAGAUCCUACCCAUUGCCUCCCCAGCUGCCAGGCCUGCUUUAUAACGUGAAUAAACAAUGUGAAUUGAUUUUCGGACCGGGUUCUCAGGUGUGCCCCUAUAUGAUGCAGUGUAGACGACUCUGGUGCAAUAACGCAGAUGGAGCACACAAAGGCUGCCGGACUCAGCACACGCCCUGGGCCGAUGGGACUGAGUGUGAGCCUGGAAAGCACUGCAAGUUUGGAUUUUGUGUUCCCAAAGAAAUGGAGGUCCCUGUGACUGACGGAUCCUGGGGCAGCUGGACUCACUUCGGAACCUGCUCAAGAACAUGUGGUGGGGGCAUCAAGACAGCUGUUCGAGAGUGCAACAGGCCAGAGCCCAAAAAUGGUGGAAAGUACUGUGUAGGGCGUAGAAUGAAAUUUAAGUCCUGCAACACAGAGCCCUGUCUCAAGCAGAAGCGAGACUUCCGAGAGGAACAGUGUGCUCAGUUUGAUGGAAAGCAUUUUAACAUCAAUGGUCUGCUGCCAAAUGUGCGCUGGGUCCCCAAGUACAGUGGAAUUCUGAUGAAGGACCGGUGCAAGUUAUUCUGCAGGGUGGUGGGGAGCACGGCCUACUAUCAGCUCCGGGACAGAGUGGUGGACGGGACGCCGUGUGGCCAGGACACCAGCGAUAUCUGCGUCCAAGGCCUCUGCCGGCAAGCUGGAUGCGAUCAUGUUUUAAACUCCAAAGCCCGGAGAGAUAAAUGUGGGGUUUGUGGUGGUGAUAAUUCUUCGUGCAAAACAGUGGCGGGAACAUUUAAUACAGUGCAUUAUGGUUACAAUACCGUCGUCCGAAUUCCAGCUGGUGCUACUAGUAUCGACGUGCGGCAGCACAGUUUCUCAGGGAAAUCAGAGGAUGAUAACUACUUAGCUUUAUCCAACAGUAAAGGUGAAUUCUUGCUGAAUGGAGACUUCGUUGUCACUAUGUCCAAAAGGGAAAUCCGUCUUGGGAAUGCCGUAAUAGAGUACAGUGGCUCUGACAAUGUCGUCGAGAGAAUUAACUGCACGGAUCGCAUUGAACAAGAACUUUUGCUUCAGGUGUUGUCAGUGGGGAAGUUAUACAACCCCGACGUGCGCUAUUCUUUCAACAUCCCAAUCGAAGGCAAGCCCCAGCAGUUUUACUGGAACAGCCAUGGACCCUGGCAAGUGUGCAGCAAACCCUGCCAAGGGGAGCGGAAACGAAAACCUGUUUGCACCAGGGAAUCUGACCAGCUGACAGUUUCUGAUCAAAGAUGCGAUCGGCUGCCCCAGCCAGAACCUGUUACUGAACCCUGCAGCACCGACUGUGACCUGAGGUGGCACGUUGCCAGCAGGAGUGAAUGUAGUGCCCAGUGCGGCUUGGGUUACCGCACACUGGACAUCUACUGUGCCAAAUAUAGUCGGCAAGAUGGGAAGACUGAAAGGGUUGAUGACAGUUUUUGCAGCAGUCACCCCAAACCAAGCAACCAGGAAAAAUGCUCUGGAGAAUGUAACACAGGUGGUUGGCGCUAUUCUGCUUGGACAGAAUGUUCUAGAAGCUGUGAUGGUGGAGCCCAGAGGAGAAGGGCUAUUUGUGUCAACACACAAAAUGAUGUGCUGGAUGACAGCAAAUGCACCCAUCAAGAGAAGGUCACCAUUCAGAGGUGCAAUGAGUUCCCCUGUCCACAGUGGAAAUCGGGAGACUGGUCAGAGUGCCUGGUCACCUGCGGAAGAGGGCACAAGCACCGCCAGGUCUGGUGUCAGUUUGGCGAAGAUCGAUUAAAUGAUAGGACCUGUGACCCUGAGACCAAGCCGGCCUCCAUGCAGACCUGUCAGCAGCCAGAAUGUGCGUCCUGGCAGGCGGGUCCCUGGGGACAGUGCAGUGUCACAUGUGGACAGGGAUACCAGCAAAGAGCAGUGAAAUGCAUCAUUGGGACUUACAUGUCAGCGGUAGAUGACAAUGACUGCAAUGCAGCAACGAGACCAACUAGUACCCAGGACUGUGAAUUACCAUCUUGUCACCCUCCCCCACCUGCCCCAGAAGCGAGGAGAAGCACACACAGUGCACCAAGAACCCAGUGGCGAUUUGGGUCUUGGACUCCAUGCUCAGCCACUUGUGGAAAAGGUACCCGGAUGAGAUACGUUAGCUGCCGGGAUGAGGAUGGAUCCGUGGCUGAUGAGAGCGCCUGUACGACCCAGCCUAGACCAGUGGCAAAGGAGGAAUGUUCUGUGACCCCCUGUGGGCAGUGGAAGGCUUUGGACUGGAGCCCUUGUUCUGUGACGUGUGGACAAGGUAGGGCGACCCGGCAAGUGGUAUGUGUCAACUACAGCGACCAUGUGAUUGAUCAGAGUGAAUGCGACCCAGAUUAUAUCCCAGAAACCACUCAGGACUGUUCCAUGUCACCGUGCCCUCAGUGGAUCCCAGACAGUGGCCUGGCUCAACACCCUUCCCAAAAUGAGGAUUAUCACCCCCGGAGCCUCAGCCCUAGCCGCACCCACGUGCUGGGUGGAAACCAGUGGAGGACAGGACCCUGGGGAGCCUGUUCUGUCUCUUGUGGUCGAGGGCAUAAACAACGAAAUGUUUACUGCAUGGCAAAAGAUGGAAGCCAUUUAGAAAGUGAUUACUGUAAGCACCUUGCUAAGCCAAAUGGGCACAGAAAGUGCCGAGGAGGAAGAUGCCCCAGAUGGAAGGCUGGAGCCUGGAGUCAGUGCUCAGCGUCCUGCGGCCCAGGCGUGCAGCAGAGAAAUGUGGGCUGUCAGAUGGGACCACACAAAAUAGCCAGAGAGACCGAGUGCAACCCUUACACCAGACCGGAUUCAGAGCGAGCCUGCCAAGCCCCACCGUGUCCUCUCUACGCCUGGAGGGCAGAGGAAUGGCAAGAAUGCACCAAGACUUGUGGGGAAGGCUCCAGGUACCGCAAGGUGGUAUGCGUGGAUGAGGACAGAGGAGACGAGGUUCACAGCAUGCACUGCGACAUGAGCACGCGGCCUGCAGACAGCGAGAGCUGUAGUUUGCAGCCGUGCGAGUACAUCUGGAUCACAGGAGAAUGGUCGGAGUGCUCAGUGACCUGUGGAAAGGGCUACAAACAAAGACUUGUCUCCUGUAGCGAGAUUUAUACCGGGAAGGAGAAUUACGAGUACAGCUACCAAACCAUCAUCAACUGCCCGGGCACACAACCCCCCAGCGUCCACCCCUGCUACCUGAGGGAGUGCCCGGUCUCGGCUGCCUGGAGAAUGGGCAACUGGGGUAGUUGCUCAGUGUCCUGUGGCGUUGGCGUGAUGCACAGAUCUGUGCAAUGUUUAACCAAUGAGGACCAGCCGAGCCAUUUAUGUCCCGCUGAUUUGAAGCCAGAAGAAAGAAAAACGUGCCAUAACACCUAUAAUUGUGAGUUACCCCAGAAUUGCAAGGAGGUAAAGAAACUAAACGGUGCCAAUGAAGAUGGUGAAUAUUUCCUGAUCAUCAAAGGAAAGCCCCUGAAGAUAUUCUGUGCGGGGAUGCAGUCUGACCACCCCAAGGAGUUCGUGACACUGGCCCAUGGUGACUCUGAGAAUUUCUCCGAGGUGUAUGGGUACAGGUUGCACAACCCAACAGAAUGUCCCUACAACGGGAGCCGACGUGAUGACUGCCAGUGUCGGAAGGACUACACAGCAGCUGGGUUUUCCAGCUUCCAGAAAAUCAGAAUAGACCUGACCACCAUGCAGAUAAUAACCACUGACUUACAGUUUGCAAGGACAAGCGAAGGACACCCUGUCCCUUUUGCCACUGCUGGGGACUGCUACAGUGCCACCAAGUGCCCACAGGGCCGUUUUAGCAUCAAUCUUUAUGGAACCGGCCUUUCUUUAACUGAUUCUGCCAGGUGGAUAUCACAAGGGAACUACGCGGUCUCCGACAUUAAGAAGUCCCCGGAUGGCACCCGUGUCAUAGGGAAAUGCGGUGGUUACUGUGGAAAAUGUACACCAUCCUCUGGCACUGGCCUGGAGGUUCGAGUUUUAUAGUUAAGGUGCUCUGAAGAGGAAGCCAUGAUGGAAUGGAUGAAGGAUAGUAAUGCAAUACCUCCACCUUAAAUCUGUGUGAGUGUGUAUGUGUGUGUGUGUGUGUGUGUGUGUGUGCGUGUGUGUGUG